AGGCGGCGGGGCCGGGGAUCCACCCGGGGCAGCGGCCGAGGUGGGACGGCGGCGGCGGGGACCGCUGCCCCCGGAAGACCCAGCGGAGAUGCUGGCGGAGAACCUGGUGGAGGAGUUUGAGAUGAAGGAGGACGAGCCGUGGUACGACCACCGGGACCUCCAGCAAGAUCUCCAGCUUGCUGCUGAACUUGGGAAGACGUUGUUGGAUCGGAACACAGAACUGGAAGAUUCCCUUCAGCAGAUGUAUACAACCAAUCAGGAGCAGUUACAGGAAAUUGAGUAUCUCACCAAGCAGGUGGAGUUUCUGCGGCAAAUGGAUGAACAGCAUGCAAAAGUUUACGAGCAGUUAGAUGUCACGGCAAGGGGACUAGAGGAAACCAACCGGAAGCUAGUCGCUGACAGCAGGGCAUCACAGCAGAAAAUUGUGAGCCUGACAGAAACAAUUGAAUGCCUGCAAACCAACAUUGAUCACCUUCAGAGCCAAGUGGAAGAGCUGAAGUCAUCCAGCCAAGGAAGGAGGAGGCAGAGGACACCUGAUCAGGAGAAACCCAGCUUCUCCUGUCUGAAAGAGCUAUACGACCUCCGCCAGCACUUUGUGUAUGACCAUGUGUUUGCUGAGAAAAUCACAUCCUUGCAAAGCCAGCAAAGCCCCGAGGAAGAAGAAAAUGAGCACUUGAAAGAGACGGUGGCAAUGCUGCAGGCCCAGCUGAGCCUGGAGCGGCAGAAGCGGGCAACCAUGGAGGAGGAGUACGCGCUGGCGCUGAAAGAGAACAGCGAACUUGAGCAGCAGCUGGAGGCCACAGAAGCCUACCGUACCCGGGCCCUGGAGCUGGAGGCGGAGGUGGCCGAGAUGCGCCAGAUGCUGCGGGCAGAGCACCCUUUUGUGAAUGGCGUCGAGAAGCUGGUGCCUGACUCUCUGUUUGUUCCUUUCAAAGAGCCCAGCCAAAGCCUACUGGAGGAGAUGUGUCUGGCUGUGCCUGAAGCACACAGAAAACCACUUAAACGCAGCAGCAGUGAGACGGGCCUCAGCAGCUUGGCGGGUAGUGACAUCGUGAAAGGCCAUGAGGAGACUUGCAUCAGGAGGGCUAAGGCUGUGAAGCAGAGGGGCAUCUCCCUUCUGCAUGAGGUGGACACUCAGUACACUGCCCUGAAGGUGAAGUAUGAAGAGCUGCUGAGGAAGUGCCAGCAGGAGCAGGACUCAUUGUCACACAAGGCUGUGCAAACUUCCAGGGCUCCAGCCAGGGACAUAACAGGAAUGCUCACCCAGUGUGAGGCCGGGGCCAGUGGGUGGCAACUUGCCCCUGCCACCCCAGAGCCCAUCAGUUCCCCCACCACUACACCACCUCCAGAAUACAAAACACUGUUUAAGGAGAUCUUUAAUUGUAUCGAGAAGGCUAAGCAGGAAAUAGAUGAGCAGAGAACAAAAUGCCAGUCUCUCUCCUCUCAUUCUUAACCAGGCCUCCAGCUCCUGCUAAUAAAACUAGCCUGUUUGCUGUCACCCUCUCCCAUUCCAGCAUGCAUGUGCAGACUCCAAAGCCCAUGUUGCUCAUGUUUGCCUCUUUGCUUUGCUUGUUUGGCACCAGCACAGUGAGGAAAGGAGGUGGCUGCUGGUGUCUAACCUACAGUCCAUUUCUAUUUAAGCUCCCUAGGAAAUCCCAUGCAAACUGGGCUCUGGUUUGCUCACUGAUGAGGCUGUGAUUCUUGGAAAAGCCCCAGAGGGAGGUCUGAGCUCCUGGAGAAACAGGCUGGACUUCCUGUGGCAUGGAGGAAGGGCAGAGUUGGACCAACGCUGAGGCACUUCCUGUUACUUCUUCCUGAUUCAACUUCUCAAAACUAUACAACUCCAAGGGCUGCCCAAACAAAAUAGCCUUUGCAAGCACUGUUGGAUACUGUGAAUUCAAUCAGAAGAAUGUUCAGGAGAAAGCAAGAGUCUAAUCCAGAACACAUGACAAAUGAGCAAGUGCCCCAAGCCCAUGAGUCAUGUUGUAUCUGCUACCAGUUAGACUGUGACUACAGGUACUUCUGAUAUAGCCAGAUUUGACUGGUUCCCAAACUGAAUGGCAGGCUUUGGCUUGAUCAGAGUAUGUUGGCAUAUGCCCAUGAGGGCUUCCCCCAGCAUUUGAAUAUUUUUACUCAAAGCCUUUCGGGUCUGAAUACAAUCUUUAAUUUCUUUCUCAAAGGCAAACUAAAGAAAAAUGGACUCUUUCCUCAUAAGUGGUUUCUGAGCUGGCAGCUUGCCAGCCACAAGCUACUCCUGCUCCAUUCUGACGCUCCUACAAAUGGUUUUGGCGUGGGGCAGAAAUCCCGGCCUGUUAUGCAGUGUUGAUGUUCUCACUGUGGAAAUACACCUUCUUCUCACUUGCAUUAUAUUAAUUUAAGACUAUUUAAUAGAACUGUGGUUCUCAUUGUUGUACAUAAUUUUCUAAAAGCCAAAUAAAGCUAUCAAUGAAAAUGA